GGUUUUCGAAACUUGUGUAUGCGUUUCUGCGCACUAUUAUUUAUUUAUAACAUGUACACAAACGCAAAUUACGAUGAGCUUUCUCACUGGUGUAGUCAGCUACCGAUAUUCUGUUACUCAUAAAAUCUUAGUCCUAGUUUGGAGAGAUGUGAUCAGUUGAAACAUGAAAAAGAAUUAUUAAUAGAAGAAAUCGCAAAGUUGUAUUGUCAUUUACAGUCGGCGGAGGAUGCCAUCGCAGAACACUCAACAAAGGAGGAUCUUUUGAGUCAGAAGCUUAACAGCCUUUCAGAAAUUGCGGCAGAAAGAGAUGAGUUGUUGGAUCGUUUGGACAAAGAAAUGACAUAUAAAUAUACCUUGGAAAGUUUACUAGAGGAACAGAAGCGUCGCAAUGUAGAGUUGGAAUCUAAAGCAGUGGUACUCGAAGAUAAAGAAGCCAUGUUAAGUAGCAAGCUAUUUAAGCUGGAGAAGCAACUAGCAGAAAGAGAUGAACAUAUCAAAGAGCUAUUUCAUAUAAUUCAUGAUUAUGAGAACGUGUUAAAUAGAAAUCAAGAACAGGUAACCAAAACGUCACACGAAUUAUUUGUGGCAAAAUCUGAACUUUCUGAACUUCGUGCCAUAGUAAAUGAUAUUGAAGAAAACAUCAAUCUAAUGCAAAUAUGCAGUUCUAAAGUCAAUGAAGUUGAAGAAAAUAUACAAUCUAUUUCAUCAUAUGAGGGGUCUAACUUGCCGAGGAAUGUUCCAGACAUUGAUCACAAUCGGUCGAAAAUUUCAGUAAUCCGGUCACACAACGUGGAGUCAUUGAUUCAAAUUCAGCCACCAACUGCAAAAAUCAAUCAGAAAAGCUUAGCCGACGAACUUUUUGAAAUGGAAGCUGAUCACUCUAUUUUAUUUAGAUAUGGUAUUCAGCAUAUUAAUAGUUGUGCAUAUUAUCGAAACUCAUUUACUUUUGAAAAUAGAACAGUAGAAGAAUUCCUAAGAGAUCUGUCGAUUCGUCUUCAUACCUUCAAACUAAAAUUGAGAUGCAAAAGAAACUUGUUACGACACUACGAUUACUGCUUACUGGAUUAUGAAAAAAUACACGAAGGAAAACGUUACUGGUCUGCAGAAGACAUAAAUGAUUUCAAAUGUGAAUCAGAGACAUAUUUCCACUUAAUCAUUAAACAGUGCACGGAAAUUUCAGUGUUAACAGAAAUGCAUUUUCAAAAAGCACCAACACUUUGGACCAAUGUGCCAUCAAAUUUCGGAGCGCGAUUUCCAAUGACACUCAUCAAUCGAUCUACUUUGGAAACGAGAUCAUCUUCAACACAUGCUGUAUUUUUUUCAGGAAAGUUUGGAAAUAAAGGAAGAGAUACUUGUAACGGGACAGUAAAACAUGAAAAGAAAGGUGUCGAUGAUUGGUCUUUGGUUCCAGUGAUUACCGAAAGAAGCCAGUUGACUAAAACCAACUACCUCAUUGCUAAUCAAGAAAAUGAAACUUUAGUAAAUAACAAACUGCUGAAAUCAUUUCCUUCCUCAAUAGAACAACUUACAGAUAUAUCAGAAGCUGAUCAUAAGACUUUACUUUGUGGUAUAAAUAUGGGGCAACUGAAGAAAACUCAUACAGAAAUUUCACUAACUCGAGAAGUUCUAAAACUUGGAAAAAUAUCUGCCGGCUAUCGCCGACAAUUCCUCAAAUAUCUGGAGACACAAAUAUAUUUAUUCAUUCAAGAACUCCUUCAGUAUCGAGACCCAAAGCAUAUGGGAAGCAGCCAAGAAAAUAUUCACGAAAAAACGUCCAAUGAUACAACUGAUGAAUAUACGUACUCGUUUAAAGAAAGUAAUUCGCAAAACGAAACGAAAUCGUUGUCACAAUAUUCAAAUAUGGAGAUGAAUUUGAAAUUUCGUAACUCACUUGACCAGAAAUCUAAGAGAGGCCCUCAAAUGCUUCUCAAUAUCCCGAAUUUGGAAAAACCCAAGUGCAUCCAAAUCUCAUAUUGUAAUAGUGUAAUUAAGAGAGUGAUAAGCCAUACAAAACACAGAUUAUCCGAUAUGCCAAAGCGUUUGACUAUUGACCUCAAAUUAAAUAACCUCAUGUUGUUAUUAUUCUGUUGUAUUUUCUGUUAUUUUACGUUACCUGUGAUUAUGCAUGAAAUUAGUCGAUUUUCUGAUAGUUCUAUGUAUGACAGCUCGACUUUAAAAUUUUAUUCAUACAUCAGGCAUGCAGUGAAAAACGCAACUGAAACAUAUUCAGUCUUGUGUUCCAAACUUUUUGACAUCACCUUGAGCCUUCAAUAUUCAGAUGGUUGUCGUCCUAUAUGAACGGAUGAAUCUAUUCACAACUUCAGUGCCAGUAAUUCCAAUUUGUUAGUUUAAAUGGAUAAAUAAAAUUCUACUGACAACUUUCACUGGAUAUUGCUCAGAAAAAAUGUCAUAAUUUUGUUGUUAUAUUUAAUUCUUAAAAGCAUGUUUUACUAAAAU